UCUCCCAUCUCCCAUCUCCUGCUCUGCUCUACUACUUGCCUCUGAGCCAACGCGGCAUUUUGAUUUUUUUUCCUAGUAGCAGUAUCUUGUUAAUAUUUGAUAUUUCCACUAACCUGUACCAGCUUAUAUAUUUAACAAAUAAAUAUUUAAAUAGGAUUUUCAGUCUGUUUAUCUCUCUCUCAUUCUUAAAAUCUUUUGAUCAAAAUGGGGAAUUGCUGCUCAGACGACGCCGGCGGACGAGCGGCAGUCGGAGGCACGACUGCUUCUCAUAGUAAUCCCGCUGAAGGACCCAACGAUGCUGUUGAUUUCUUCCUUAAGUCACGUGGCUACGGCCUCUAUACUCAGAUCGAGUUAUCACUUUCUGCAUCAAACUUGCGAGAUCGGGAUGCUCUAUCCAAGAGUGACCCCAUGGUGGUUGUUUAUGCAAAAGGAAGAGAUGGAAAACUUGACGAGCUUGGUCGCACUGAAGUAGUGUUAAAUUCAUUAAAUCCUGUCUGGAUUACAAAACAUACUAUUACUUAUCAUUUUGAGAUUGUGCAGAGUUUGUUGUUCCGUGUAUAUGAUGUUGACACACAGUUUCAUAAUACAUCAGUAAAGAUGCUUAAGCUGGAUGAGCAACAGUUUCUUGGGGAGGCUUCUUGUGCUUUAUCUGAGAUAGUCACUAAGCCAACUCGGUCAUUGACACUAAGUCUUGUGCAUAGAGAAGAUUCUAGUAAGCCAAGUUGGCCCAGAAACUUAGGGGAGCUUACUAUUCGGGCUGAAGAAUGUUUCAGCUCAAAGAGCACAGUAGAGAUUAUCUUACGGUCUUUAGAUCUGGAGUAUAAGGAUCUCUUCUCUAAAUGUGACCCCUUUUUAGUAAUUUCAAAAGUUGUGGAGAGUGGUGGCCCCAUUCCAGUUUGCAAAACAGAAGUGAAAAAGAACGAUCUCAACCCAACAUGGAAGCCUAUAUUCUUGAAUUUUCAGCAAGUUGGAAGCAAGGACAAUCCAUUAACUAUAGAGUGCUUUAAUUUCAAUAGCAAUGGCAAACAUGACUUGAUUGGAAAAGUUCAAAAAUCACUGGCAGACUUGGAAAACCUUUGGAUCAGUAAGCAGGGAGAAAAUUUUUUCUUACCAACUGCUGUCGGACACAAUUAUCACAAGGUAUUGAAGAGUCAACUAUUUGUGGACAAGUUCUCAGAAAGUGUACAAUAUACGUUUUUGGAUUAUGUUGCUGGUGGAUGUGAACUAAACUUCAUGGUGGCCAUUGAUUUUACUGCUUCAAAUGGAAAUCCCCGUCUACCAGAUUCAUUGCAUUAUAUUGACCCUUCAGGCCGGCCAAAUGCUUACCAGAGAGCAAUCUUAGAGGUUGGAGAGGUGUUGCAAUUUUAUGAUUCGGAUAAACGUUUUCCUUCCUGGGGUUUUGGAGCACGCCCUAUUGAUGGUCCAGUCUCUCAUUGUUUUAACUUGAAUGGAAGCAGUUACCAAUGUGAGGUUGAGGGAAUUCAUGGGAUUAUGAUGGCUUAUACAAGUGCCCUCCACAAUGUAUCAUUUGCUGGACCAACCCUUUUUGGGCCAGUGAUCAACACUGCAGCAGCAAUAGCUAGCCAUUCUCUUUCUUGCAGCCAACAGAAGUACUUUGUUUUGUUGAUAAUCACGGAUGGAGUCAUAACAGAUCUCCAAGAAACAAAAGAUGCUCUUGUAAAGGCUUCUGAUUUGCCGUUGUCAAUUCUCAUCGUUGGUGUUGGUGGGGCUGACUUCAAAGAAAUGGAGGUUUUGGAUGCAGACAAAGGAGAGAGACUUGAGAGCUCUAGUGGACGAGUUGCAUCACGUGAUAUAGUGCAGUUUGUUCCAUUUCGGGAUGUACAGAGUGGAGAAAUGUCAAUUGUCCAAUCACUUCUAGCCGAAUUGCCCACACAAUUCUUAACCUACAUGCGUUCAAGAGGUAUUCAGCCAAAGAGCUAAUUAUCUGUCAAAAUUGUAAAUAGGAUUUUAUAACUGUUUCCCAUCCUGAAUACCUCCCCUUGAUUUUGCCUACCAUACCGAAAACGUUCCCAGAUUGCAGUGGUGCUCUUUAUUUCUUUUCAUUUCCUACCACUCCAGCCUCCUGAUUUCUGGUUUUCAGUCUCUCUCAUUUGGCUAAAAAAUGGAUUCCAAACAUGUUUACAAGUCAAGUUUCCAUCAAUACAAAGCCCAAUGCGGAAUGGAAUCAAAAUAUGCCAUGAAAUUGCAAGAUUGUAUUCCCAUCAUUACAAAGCCCAAUCCGGAAAAUAACCAUAAUCUUCCAUCAAACUCCAAGAAUGAAUGUUCUUUAAUAGGAAUAAAGUGGAAGGUAAUCAUUUCCUGGUG